AUGAAGUUCGCUGGAAUUGCUGCCAUGGCCGCCGUCGUCACCGCCGUGACCGGUGCUGCUAUCCCCAACGUCAACGCUGCCCUCGCUGAGGUCCACCAGGUCGCUGGUGAUGUCAAGGGCCUUCUUUCCGGCUCCGGUUCUCAGACCGAUGUCGCCAAGCUCGUUUCUCAGCUCGAGAACGUUGAGGCUACCCUGAAGAAGCUCACCACCGAGAAGCGCUCUCUGGUCGACCUCGGUGUUGAUGCUAAGGCUAACGUCGCCAACGCUGUCAAGGCCGACGCCGACGUCGAUGCCAGCGUCCUCAAGCGCGGUCUCGUUGACGCUGAUGUUGACGCCAAGGCCAACGUUGCCAACGCCAUCAAGGCCGAUGCUGAUGUCGGUGCCCACGUCCUCAAGCGCUCUCUGAUCGACCUCGGUGUCGAUGCCGACGCCAACAUCCUUGACCAGAUCAAGGCCGCCGUCGGUGCUGAUGUCAAGGUCCUCAAGCGUGGCCUCAUCGACGCUGAUGUCGCUGCUAAAGCCAACGUUGCCAACGCCGUCAAGGCUGAUGCUGACGUUGACGCCCACGUCCUCAAGCGUUCCCUCAUUGAGGUUGGCGCUGAUGUCGAUGCCAACAUCCUCGACCAGAUCAAGGCUGCCGUCGGUGUUGAUGCCAGCGUCCUCAAGCGCUCCCUCAUCGACCUUGAUGCUGAUGUCGACGCCAACAUCCUCGACCAGAUCAAGGCCGCCGUCGGUGUCGACGCUGAGGUCCUUAAGCGUGACCUCGUCGACCUCGGCGCUGACGCCAAGGCCAAUGUCCUCAACAUCGUGAACACCAACGUUGACGCUGACGCCAGCCUUUUCAAGCGUUCCCUCGUCGACAUCGGUGCUGACGUUGACGCCAACAUCCUCGACCAGAUCAAGGCUGCCGUCGGUGUCGACGCUGAGGUCCUUAAGCGCGGCCUCGUCGACCUCGGCGCUGAUGCCCAGGCUAACGUUGCCAACGUUGUGAACACUGACGUUGACCUCGGCGCUCAUGUGCUCAAGCGCUCGAUCAUCGACCUUGGUGUUGACGCUGAUGCCAACAUUCUCGAUGCCAUCAAGGCUACCGUCGGUGUUGACGCUAAGGUCCUGUAA